AUGGUGCAGUCAGGCCUCCAGCAACUCUAUGACAUGAUGACCAGCCGUGCAGGUGGCAAGGACAAGGAAAUGAAUCAUGCCAUCACAAAAAAGUCAAGAUACAUGCUCUCUGUCUCCUUUGAUAAUCUAGAGCAAGGUGACUUGCGGUUUGUGGACAUGGAUUUUCCAGAGGAGCCAUAUUACAGCUUUAUUGGACAUGAUUAUAAGCAGAAGAUGAAGGUGCGUUGUCUGACUGAGGUGAAAAUAAAGGCAAAGGAGGAGGAGACAGAGCAAAUUAAGUCAACUAGAGCCAUCUGGAAGGCAGAGAAGGAAAGUAGGCUGCCGCAUGGACUUGAGUUACUUUCAGCCUUUGUCAAGAAUGACACAUUAAGCACAUCUGUGCUGACCAAGGCAAUGAGGGGUAUAUACACCUGUGAGGUGCUGAAUGAGACUGGUUGCACCCUUGGCCAUGCAAAGCUCGUCAUCCAUGUCCGCAGUCUUUGGGAUGCUCUAUGGCCUUUCAUUGGGAUCCUUGGUCAAGUCGUCAUCCUCACAGCCUUCAGCAGCUAUAUGGAGUAUCACAACAACCAGAAGGUGCUAGAUCCAAAGAAUAUGCGAAAGAGGAAUGCAGGGAUGGGAGAAGGAAUACAAGCCCACCCACCCCAGCUGCCAAUAGGAGAGAUUUUGCCCUUGCAAGAGGCUUUCAUCUCUGGCUCAUCCAUUGAUGUACUGGAACCAGACAGAGACUUGACUCCAAAGGAGACCCUUUUUUGUUCAGGGAUGGAUCCACUUGCAAGCAACAUAGAAACCAGACAAAACACUCAGUCUGGGAUGGUGGUAUUGAAUAAGCCAUAUGGACUGCUUCAUCGACCACACCCAGAGACCCUGAAGCAACGUCGGAAGCACCCGCAUCUCUACAUGGGGACCAGGGCUGAUGAUCGUUUCUCCAUAGAGGCCUGUCUUCCUGACCUGGCUGCCUCUUUGCAAAUUGGAAAACUCCACAUUGCCAAAUCUAUUGAUAGGCAAGGGCAUUACCAAGUUCUAUACAACUCAGGGAUUGUGGUGAUGACUGAAAAUGAGAGACUUGUGGAAGAGGUGAAGCAGCAACUGAAGUCCCAGCCUGGCAGUCAAUUUGUGGUUGCUCUUGGUCAACUCUCACCACCCUCAGGCAAACUCAAAGUGGGUCUGAUGUUGGAGGAGGACCCCAAGGAUCAAAGUAUGAGAAGGCCAGUUGUGGUGGAGUCCGUUCCAUUGCGUAAGGUCAAGCAAGGUCUAGUGGUCCCUGUUAAGCUCCAGUACCACACCGUGAGGUGGAAUCCCGACCUGGGAGUGUCCCUGGUUUGCGCUCGGGUGAAGGUGACCCGAUGGAGGGCUCUCCCGCUCCUCAUGUCUCAUCUCCUUACCCCUGUCCUGGGUGAUCCGUUCUAUGGUUCUCGAGUCACAAGGGUCAUGGGUGUACCUGUUAAGCUGCCUGCACAUCAUUCUGCCACUAACACUCCCCAGACAUUGUCGGACGAGAUCGUGCAGGCCCUAUCCCUCCCUAAAAACUUUAACGAGUUGUUACCGAUGCACAUUCACAUGGGUGCAUGUAUCUUGACGGACAUGGAGGACACGGGCCCCGAAGCCCAGAAUCCCAUCACGAUCAUUGCCCCUCCGCCGCCGCAUUUCCAAUGGACUUAUCUGAACCUGGGACAGUCCCAGAGCGAUCCUGGGAUUGACCGCCCCAGUGGGAAACGUUUCUGUAGCAAGCAAGAGCUGAUGAGGUUCUUCGGAGAUGCAAUUGAUCUAGCCAACUUCGAGUAUUCCAGUGGGAAGAUAGUACAUCCACAGUUCUUGAAGCGAGGCCGUGGGAGACCCCCUUCUACCAAGCCCAACACUGCACCACAGCCCACUGUUGAGUUUACAUAUGGUUUAAGAAGUGAGGCAUCCCUGAUCCCUCCAAUUCGACAGACUGCAUCCAUCUUCAAGCAGCCAGUUACAGUAAUAAAAUCAAGUCACGGCGGCUCGAUCCGAACGGACAUCAAACCCGUCUCUGUCGACAAACCUCAACAGAUCUUUUGGCAGAAGAGGCUAGAGGGCAUGCGAGCAUGUAAUGUACUGGGACAGGAGAUCCAGGAGAUGGAAUUACCAAAGAAAUUGAAGCCAGUCGGGGGGAACAUCAAGGAGCAGACAGCAUUGCAGUCCUUGGCUACCAGUCUUCACACAUCCACUCAGCCCAUCACAGGACAGACGAGCUCCAAAGCUGCCCUCGACAAGAAUCCCGCCAUUUACCUCAACCCACAACAACCUCUCAUCCAAGCAUUCAUAUUCGAGGAGGCUGACAUUCGGGAACAAGAAGAGGCGGUGCUUGCCGUGCGGAAGAAACUCGCAAAAGCCCUUGAGUCAUGAUGUAAACUCUCUCUUUGAUCUUGUAUGUAAGGACUUUCCUGUGUGCAUCCACUUUUGUACUCUAUGAAUGAAGUGGUUUUUAUUUAUGAUUUGCCAUUUAUA